AUUUCGCGGAAUCCUUCAAAGAAGAAGAAACGCUUGGGAAAAAAAGCACAAGAAAAGCCAAGGAAAAAGUCAAUUCCUUUACCCCCUCCUCUUCCUCGGCUUGUGAUGGAGGAUCAUUAGAGGGGUUCGGAUUUAUGUCUUUCUUCUUCUUUUCUUUCCAUUUUUUUUGUUGACAGUUUCCCUCCAAGAAGAGCCCUCCCUCCUCUUCUGUUUGUUGUUUUUCCUUCCACCUUUUUUGGGGUUCGAAGGAGGUUCCUUUCUCUAUCUCUCUCCCCUCCUCUGUUUCUUUCGUUUUCCUCCUUCGUCUUUGGUCGUGGAGGGAUGAUAAGGUUCGGGGUGCUGGGGCUGCAGCUGUCGGAGCUGUUCGUGAGCUCGGCGGUGCAUUUGCUUUAUGGGUUUUACAUAUUCAGCUCGGCCGUCGCCGGCGAUCUAUAUCAGGCGUUUCGAGAAUGCCUCUGCAAGCCAAGCCCGAAUCUUGACGAAAGCAGAGACCCGGCGGCGGCGACCCAUGUUGAGAAUUUGCCUCCUAUUGUGUUGGUUCAUGGAAUCUUUGGAUUUGGGAAGGGGAGAUUGGGAGGCUUAUCUUAUUUUGCGGGGGCAGAGAAGAAGGACGAGAGAGUUUUGGUGCCUGAUUUGGGAUCUUUAACCAGUGUAUACGACAGGGCUCGCGAACUGUUCUAUUAUUUGAAAGGCGGGCAAGUCGAUUAUGGCGAGGAACAUAGUGUGGCUUGUGGGCACUCGCAGUUUGGGCGGAUCUACGAACAAGGGCAUUAUCCGGAAUGGGAUGAAGAUCAUCCAAUCCACUUUGUGGGGCAUUCGGCGGGAGCGCAGGUUGUUCGGGUUUUGCAACAGAUGCUUGCUGAUAAGGCUUUUAAUGGGUAUGAGAACACUUCUGAGAACUGGGUGUUGAGUAUCACAGCCUUAUCAGGGGCAUUCAAUGGGACCACAAGAACCUACUUAGAUGGAAUGCGGCCAGAGGAUGGAAAGACAAUGAAGGCGGUAUGUCUGCUUCAGCUUUGCCGUCUCGGAGUGAUAGUAUACGAUUGGCUUGACAUCCCAUGGCUGAAAGCCUAUUACAAUUUUGGUUUUGAUCAUUUUGGCAUUUCUUGGAAGAAAGUAGGGAUUUGGGGUCUGUUAAAUUGCAUAUUGGGAAAUACAGGCCCCUUUGCCUCUGGCGAUUGGAUUCUCCCAGACCUCACGAUUCAAGGGUCGAUGCGAUUGAACAGCCAUCUGCAUACUUUCCCCAAUACCUUUUAUUUCAGUUACGCCACCAAGCGUACUCGAAAGAUCCUCGGCCUCACAGUUCCUUCAAGCGUACUAGGCAUCCACCCUCUGUUUUUUAUAAGGGUGCUUCAGAUGAGUCAAUGGCGGCAUCCUCCAGAUGUUCCUCCUCCUUACAAAGGCUACAGGGACGAAGAUUGGCAGGAUAAUGAUGGAGCACUCAACAUUAUGUCCAUGACUCACCCACGCCUCCCGAUCGAACAUCCUAGUCAUUAUGUCGUGUCGGACGCCGAUUGCCAACCUCUGGAACCAGGCAUCUGGUACUACAAGAUGGUGGAAGCUGAUCACAUGCUGUUCAUUGUGAACCGUGAGAGAGCCGGAGUUCAGUUCGAUCUCAUAUAUGAUAGCAUCUUCCAACGAUGCCGAAAGCAUGUUUUUAGAAAAUCUCUGCCAACAUUGCCGAAUAACAUAGUUGCUGAUGAUGAGUAGAUGAGGAAACUGGAAAGAAGCUUAUAGCAUUUCUCCAACUCCAUGUCAUUCUGUUGAGUUGAUGCCGAUUUUGGCCCCUCAUUUUGAUAUUAGCAGUGUUAGGAAAGCUAUAGGCAGGCUCGGAAUUAAGUUUGUGAAAUUAGUUGAAGCAAGCAGAUUUUCUGGCAUGAGCAUACAGAAAUUCUCUCUGCAUCUUACGGACAUUUGCUGUGCUCUCUCUCUGAUCUUCACAAUAUUUCAACUCAUCCAAGAGCUACAUGGUUUGUUUCAGAAA